AUGAUGAAGCCACUGCUGCAGCUGCUUGCAAGUGUGAUAAUCUUGCAACAUGUUAAUGGUCAGUGUGCACGAAGGGAUUACGAUCACGACAGUUUCGUGUGCGUGUGCAAUGCCACCUAUUGUGAUGAGGCUGGUGUGGUGACAGUGCCAGCAGCUGGCACCUACGCCGUCUACACCAGCACCAGGGACGCCUUGCGUCUCGAGCCAACCACCGGAGAAAUAGAAGCAACGCCAGAUGCGGGAGGUGUCGAAAUCACAGUGGACACCACCAACCAGUACCAGACCAUCAUUGGCUUCGGUUCUUCCUUCUCAGAUUCUGCGGCGCUCAACUUAAACACUUUAUCUGAUGCUGCUCGCGAUAAUGUCUUGAGGUCUUACUUUGCUGCCGAGGGUGCAGAGUUCACCGUGAGCAGAGUAACCAUCGGCGGUUCUGACUUCUCAACGCGUCCUUACUCUCUCGACGACGUCGAGGGCGACAUCGCUCUCGAAUUCUGGUCCCUUGCUCCUGAAGAUAUUGAUGCCAAGAUCCCAAACAUCCUGCGUGCAAUGGAAAUAAGCUCUUCAGAAAUUUUUAUUCUUGGGUCCCCGUGGUCCCCACCUGCUUGGAUGAAAAGUACCGGGGAAGUCACGGGGCUGGGGUACCUUUUACCUGCGAUGCGGCAGCCCUAUGCCAACUUCAUGGUUAAGUGGAUUGAUGCGUACGAGGCAGCGGGCGUGCCCGUGUGGGGCUUCACGCCUCAGAACGAGCCGCUUACUGACGAGACGGUGUGGACUAUAAACGCAUGCAAGUGGCUCCCGGAGGACAUGCGGGACUAUAUUCGGGACUUUCUGGGACCCACCCUCGAGGCUGCCGGUUACGCUGAUAAAAAAUUGAUGGUUUUUGACUUCAACAGGGAUAAACUUCCAGAUUACGUGAUGCCGCUCCUUAGCGACCCUGAGUGCAGUAAGUACAUCGCGGGGGUUGCGGCUCAUUGGUAUGUCGACGACUUCAUUGGUCCUGAAGUCCUGCUGGCAACACGAGACCUCGACCCUACCAAGUUCCUCCUCCACACUGAAGCCAGCACAGGCGUACGCCAAGAGAAUCCUGACAGCGUUUAUCUGGGAGACUGGCUCAGAGCUGAACAGUACCUGUACGACAUACUCGAAAACUUGAACUAUUACUCCACUGGGUGGGUGGACUGGAACAUGGCUCUGGACCUCAAUGGCGGUCCAUGUUGGCCGGGCGGAGCCUUGGACUCCCAAGUGAUCGUCAAUGCGACGGCCGACGAGUUCUACAAGCAGCCGAUGCACUACGCGCUGGCGCACGUCAGCAAGUUCUUCACCCGCGAUAGUGUCCGCGUCGACACUGCCGUCAGCGGCACCCUGAAGGCAGCGGCGGUCUCAAGACCUGAUGGUUCGGUGGCCAUUGUGGUGCUCAGCACGUCUGACGCUGUGGAGAGCGUCAGCCUCAGCAUUGACGGGUCGCGCUUCAUCAACACGGACCUUCCUGUUAGGAGCUUCAGCAGCUUCGUCGUGCCUCCUGCUUAACGUGUCGAUGUAAUGUUCGUUACGUUACAAAUUAAAUGAAAACUUCACUCAUCCAAAUUUUUUUCCUCAGUUCAU